GAACCAAAGCUGCUCAUCGAGAGCUAAUCGACUGUUCAGCUUGUGUGGCUGAACUUUGCAAUUUCCUGCAUUUUCCUGGCAUUCUUCCUUGUCUGGUGUCCUGCGAUGGCUGAAGUCGAUGCUUUGCCUUAUAUAGAUCAGGGAUAUGACAGUGCUGGUGUCCGGGAAGCGGCCAUUGCGAUGGUGGAAGAGGAAUGCCGGCGAUAUCGUCCCACGAAGAAUUACCUUGAGCACCUGCCUCCGCUGGACACAUUCUCCUUCGAGACGCCCGCCAUGACGCACGAGUUCGAGCGCUUGCAGAACCGCCUUCCAAUGGAGACACUGAGCAUGAAGCGCUACGAAUUGCCGCCUCCACCUCCCGGGAAACUCUCAGAAUUGAACGCCUGGAACGACAGCAUCUCCAACUCAAUGGCACAGCUGGAACACCAGUCAGUGCGCACGAUAAAUCUCGAGCUGAUGCUGGAGUUCGGCUGUGAGUCGUGGAAAGCUUACCUGGACAUCCUCACGUACAUGCAGGCUCGCUCCCAGAGUCGCCUGCAGGAGCUGCAGAAGGAGAUCCAGGAGGUGAAUUGGAACAGAAAGUCAAAGCAGAUGCAGGCGGGCGAGAAGCUGAGAGCCCUCGAGGCUCAGUGGGUGAUGUUGGUGUCCAAGAACUAUGAAAUAGAGCAAGUUUGUGCGAAGCUGGAGGAGAAGAUUAUAGCCCUGAACGAACCAGACGAAUAAACUUUUCCACAAUUUAUUUACCGUCUUCCCACCCCGAUUGCUUGUCACAGUCGCGGCUGCUUGGCCGCCAGCUCGCUCUCCUCCUGGACGGCCUCCGCCGAGCGCCUCUUUAGCGGUUGUCGCUCGUAUUCCGCCCCCGGGAAGAUGUACGUGGCGCCCUCGACGCGACAGAAGGUGUCUGCCGGAAGCUUCCAAGUGGCCUCAGGAGAAUCCGUGGAGU